ACCCCUGCGAGCACCCUCCACCAACCAAUUACAUCCAACACCCAUACUUCCCUACCAGGUACCUGGAAGAUAGUACCUCUAACCUCGAUGCCAUGGAUCUCUGGCAACGCAACCUCCGCAUGAUCCACCAAAUCGGUGAGAUCCUCGAUUUCGACUCUCAAGCAAACACAAUCGCCGACUUCAUCUCCCUGAUCGAAGCCAUGCGCGAAGGCCUCAGCCAAAUCGACGACGACUUCGUCAUCCCCGACGCCCAAAUCAACAACCUCUUCCUCACCAAGCUGAAGCAGCGCCCAGAAUGGAAGCUGUGGGCGAUUGAAACGCUGCAGGACAGCCGCCUGACGGCCAUUGACCCGACGGAGCGGAUGUCGUUCCGAGAACUGGCUGAGCUUGCUACGCAGCAGGAGAAGAUCAUUCGGGGGCAGCACGCUCAAAUUCCCCCGACGAAGACGACAACCACCACGACCACCACCCCCGCCACCACCGCUACCAACAGUGCCCCCAAGGCGGAGGCACCAAAGACGCGCCCCCGCGCAUCAACAACCAACGCUCUAACACAAAACGAAAUCAACGCCUUCGUCGUCCACCAGAUGAACCACGACGGGAACUACCUCCGCCGCGCCAAGAGCGCCAGAGCGCCGCCCCCCGUCGCCAAGGGCCACGCCAAGAGGCCCAGCCAGGAGGAGAUCAAUGCAUACGUGUUGCAGCAGAUGCGCCAGGAUGAGCACAAAACCCGGUCCCGCAGCAACAGCCAGCCGGAGCCGCGCACGCGGAGCCAGCGACCACCGCCGGCAGCGGUGGCGGGACGGUGCGGGUUCUGCGGCGAUCCGCACCACCAGGUUAGCCAUUGUUGGCGUCGGUGGAGGGUGGCCGUUGAGGCGCCCCAGGCUAGCUUUGCGCCGAAGCGGGUGGAUUAUAAGAUGCAGGCGCCGGGACAGGUGCCUACUUAUCGGAGUGGGUUUACUUUGUUUUAAACGGGUUACACUUUCAGACUGGGUCUUUGGGGCGAUUCUGAUUUGCUGUCCUGGGAGUUGGUUCAUAGAGCACGGUGUUUCGGGUUCAUUCGUUUUGUAUUUUCUUUUGUUUUGAUGCAGGAUGGGGUGAGCCGAUACUAGCAGCUGGUCUGUAUAGAUUGAAUGGUUCAGAGAAUAUGGCUGAGAAUGCACA